AUGGCCGAUGUUUUCAGAAGCCUGAACCUCCUUGAGACCCUCAAAGAGUCCAUAGAGCACAAUAAGCUAUCAGAUGUCAAGGAUGCAGUGGAAGAUCUCCUGAUCAGCAGAAUCAACUUGGCUGUGAUAGGGGACCGUGGGGAGGAGAAAGCCACCUUCAUAAAUUCCCUACUUGGCCUCAGUUUUGGGGACGAUGGAGCAGCUCCGUCUCAAUCCCCCGUUGCCCCGGAGGAGAUGGCAGGCUACCCAAGCCCUAAACACCCUGACUUUCGCCUGUGGGAUCUGCCACCCGUCCCGUCCACCUCUCCAUUUGAACCCGAGGGAUACAUGGAUAAAGUCAAGUUCGCCCGCUACAAUGCCGUCUUCAUGACAUUCAACCAGGCACCCCAACCCAACAGUGUGGAGGUGUUCCUCGAGGCCCGGUCACAACAGCGACAAACAGUGUACUUCGUUCUCUUUGCACAAGGCACUGAAAAAAACCUAGAAGAGAAGAGGAAAGCCAGUUUAGAAUUGCUGACAUCACACGGUGUGGCACUGCCUAAAGUCUACCUGGUGCGACCCUCCGCCUUGGAGAAGUUUGACUUCCCCGGCCUGUUGGAGGACAUGGGACGAGACCUUCCAGAGAUCCGAGCCCACGCACUUCUCUUGGCUCUCCCGACGCUUACCCCCACCCUGGUCGCUCAGAAAAAGGAGGCAUUCAAAGCACUAGUAUGGGCUGCUGCCUCGCUAUCUGGUGGGGUGUCAGCCAUCCCCGUUCCCUUUGUGGCCUCCAUGGUGGACUCAAGUGUUGCAAUGCGGAUUCUGAGCAAAGCACAAUUAUCGCUGUGCCUGGACGAUGAAUCGGUCGAGCGACUGGCCCGACAGCGAGGAAUAGAACCCACGGGACUUAAAGUGCUGCGGACCUGUGUGCUGUCAGUGGAGGUCACUAAAGGGGAAGUGAAAAAGCGUCUUGCGGCGGCAGAAAAGGACUUGGCCACGGUUUCGUCGACGCUGGUGGAGAUGGCGAUGCCCAGACAUGCCCGUUCAGCCAGCCGCUCCUUCGCUGCCAUGUUGCAAGCUUUAAACGUUGCCAUCGACGAAAUGGCAGCCGACGCUGAGAAGAUUGCGGCUGCUGCUGCUCUUGGGGAGGGGAAGUGA